ACCAUUUACCUUCCUCGUAUGUCGAAAAUGGUGCGUUAACUUCAUGGAACAUGGCCAGUAAUUGGAGUAAAUGUGGUGUCUGUGAUUAUCGUCAGGUUACCAAGCCAUCAGUAGUGUGGUGUUCCGAAUGUGAUGAAGGACUUUGUAGAGAUUGUAGCGAACACCACAGUAUUUCCAAGGCAUCAAGAAACCACGAAACCGUUUCCAUCGCAGAAUACAAGAAAUUACCGAAAGAAAUUCUCCAAAUCGCCCAGUUCUGUAAAAUACAUAACGAGAAAUAUGAACUUUUCUGCAGGAAACACGACUGCCCGUGCUGCAAGAAAUGUGUGAAAACGCAUAACAAUUGCAAAGAUUUAACCGACAUCAAUGAAAUCACAUUAAACGUCAAAACAUCAAAUGCCUUUUAUGAAAUCGAACAAAAUGUAUUGGAACUUGCCGAGAAUGUUAGGCGAAUCCGUACCAACCGUGAAGACAAUUUAAAAUCACUGGAAGUCAAGAGAAGAGAAAUUGAAGCCGAAAUCAAACAAACUAGAACCAAAUUAAAUACUCGCCUAGAUAAACUUCAAGAUGAAAUAAUGAAGGAAUUAAUGGCAGCGGAACAAACAGAAAGCAGGAAACUACAAAAGUUGCUGUCUACUUUAAAAACUAAGGAAACAGAGAUCACAGAAUACCAAACAAACAUUUGUAAUAUUAAACAGCAUGCAUCCGAACUUCAAACCUUCUUGGCAAUUAAACAUAUCGAAAAGGAUUUAAAGGUCCAAGAAAAAUUUAUUCGGUCGAUUACGGACAGUGACGCCACAAAUCAAGUCAAUAUUUCAUAUCAAGUAAACAAGUCUUUACAGCAAAUCACAGAGAGCGUUCAGAAGUUUGCAGAAAUUAGUAUCAGUUCUGUUCGAUGUGAUUUGUCCAUUCGGAAACGGAAGGACAGACAAGCCCAGAUUACGGUAGCUCUUCCAACCAGAAAUAUCGAUAACCUGAUUCUGACCUUACAGAAACGUAUCAAUACAGGGUCGUCAAAUGUCCGAGGUUGUUCUAUGCUCCCUGGUGGUAGGAUGAUUUUCUCUAGCUUUACCCAAAAGAAAAUAAGCGUAUUCAAAUCUGAUGGUUCAAAAGAUUUUGAAAUGAAUAAUGCCGAAGGUACCUUCGAUUUGGUAUUUAUUGGUGAUGAUUCUAUAGCAGUUACAUCUGGCUGUUCAAAAAAGAUAAAUAUAAUCGACACAAAGAACAACAAACUGAAAAAAACAUUAAGCGUAAAUUCAUACAAUGGUGGAGUAGUAUACAAAGAUGGACAUUUGAUUUAUUGUGGAAGAGAGAAAGGACUACAGAUGGUUAGUCUAAGUGAUGAAUCCAUUACCAAUGUUACCAAUAACAAACUCUCAGACUUAGCGUACGUUACAACAUUCGGUGACAAACUGUUCUAUACUAACUUUGACAAUCACAGUGUAACCUGUUGUGAUUACCAUGGUAACAUACUGUGGACGUUCUGUGAUACAAGUGUUCUGAUGCAUCCGCUCGGUAUCUCUGUAGACAAUGGUGGUAACGUGUUUGUAGUGGGACGUCAUACUGACAAUGUGAUCGUCAUCUCUCCUGAUGGACAACGAUACAGGCAACUUUUAUCAAGUGAAGAUGGACUGAAUUACCCAAAUGUUCUGCACUAUGACACAUCUACCAAUACAUUGUUAGUGGCAAAUGUUGUAAAGGCGGCGUUCUUGUUUGAAGUUGAAUGAUUAGCAUUAUUUUGUUUGGAAAAUGUAUUCUAGAAAUUUUACGUUUAUUUAGAUAUAGAUAAUUUCAUUCGAAAUAAAUAUUUCCGGCUAUAGUAACUCAAAGACGGAAUACCAAUACUUUGAACUUUAUUAGCAAGGUCCGGACAGUACCAGACCUAAGACCUAAACUGACUUCAAAAUAACAUACAAAAGUAUAUAUAAAAAACAGUAUCUAUAGAAAAGGAUUAGUGUCCAACGGAUUAACUUUAUAUCGUCAAGGUGGUUUCCAUUACGACAAACAUAUAUUUAACAAUAGAAUUAAUUAAACACAAAAAAAUGCAAAUGGUUAGAUAAACGGAUUAACAAAUUGUCACUUUAGCACUUAAAAUAUAUUGUCUGAAUUUGCUUUAUUUCUAAUUCACAUGCAUUUGUCCAAAUCUUCCGGGUUAUAUUAAUCGUCUUAUAUUUACUUGAUUCAUGAACAUUAAACAAAACUACAUAUGA